AGGUUUGAGGUGUCGGGAAGAAUUCUUCUUUAUCUUCAUAGCAAGAAGAACCGUUCGCGUAACACUAACAUUAGAAACCUUGUUUGAGGGACAGUUCUGAAGUGCGUGAUCGUCGCUUCGCGACUUGGGAACUACGCCCAACAAGCGCAACUGGUACGUAAAAUGAAAUGAUCAGAUACGCGCACUCGAUUCGGUUCAUCAGAAAAUGACAUACGAAUCUGGCGGCACGAUGUCAUCGACGUUGCUCGUCUGUACUUGGAGCAGGCGGUGCGGUUGCAGCUGCGCCUUCCUUCUGUUCUCCACGUGGCGGGUGCUGCUGGGCUUCGUUUCCGCGGAAGAUGACGAAGCAGGAUUUGAAAGGCAGAUGGGCACGACUUCAUCCGGCGGGGAGGAAGAUGAGGUGGACGCUACAAGAAACCUGUCUUCUGCUUCGUUUUCGCAAGAAGCAGGAAAAUCUGACAGCGAGCUGCACGAGGACCACGAAGAGGUAAGAACGCACGAAAGCACGCUGACAACCGUCAGAGCCAAGCAUCCACGGACCACGACGGCGCACAAAAUAAGCAAGGGUGACACGACCUCCCUAGUCCGCGAAUACGCGGUCUCGGCAGACGGCGAUGCAGUUGCAGAGCCGACAUUCAGUGUGACGAGCAACGCGUUCUUGGCGACCGCAGACGAGGAGGAUGCAGACACGCCGGUAACAGCCGAGGACGAAGAAGAUCUAGUACCUUUGUCAAAAAUGGAGCUCCAGCCGGCUGCUGGGGGGCAAGCGCCAGGGAGCACAGCUAAAGCCAAAGCUAAAUCUAGAGCUGCAACAACCGCCGCAGCGAAAACACAGGGCAAUCAGCUGCCUGCUGCUGCCGAGAGGAACUCACCGGCGGCUAUCUCGGCGCGCUUGACAACGCACCAAGACUGGCUGAUGGAGAACGUAGCUGAUGGAGGAACAACUGCUGAAGACGCUGAACCCCCGAAAGCCGACAAGGGGGAAACGUUUCGCGGCAAGCUUGCAGAAAUGGGGAGGACCACGUGCCGCAUUUCGUCUGAUCCGCGCUGGUGGACCAAUAAGCACCCCAGCCAUCCCGACCUUCAUUUUCCUGGGGCGAAGCAGCGCCUCGACGCGAUGCUGAAACAGUUCAAGAACCUUUUCACUUCGAUGAAUCGCGAGCUCGACCCGGUUGAUAAAAAUGGCGUGGCAACCGCAACGGCAACUGCCACCCCCUUGGAUUACGACGCAGACACGAACCCGACGGCGCGAGAUUUGGUCCUGAAACGCGGGGGCCUCACCACCACAGUGCGGUUUCGACUGGCCGUUCUGGCGCACGAAACGCAGAACCAGGAGAUCGCGGCAGAAGACUACUGCGAUGCGCUGCGUGUGUUCGAAUCCUCCUUCCCGGAACAGGAUCCAGACGCGAAAAGAUCCGCGGGCCGGGCCGCGGGCGCCGGGAGGAGGACGAAGAAGAAGAAACAGAAUGUCGAGUAUUUCAUGGACGAUCCCAGCAACUAUGAGGAAGUGUUCGAUCAGCGUGAGCCAAAGUGGCUAAAUACACGCGUGCCCAUGGCUCAGGACCAGCCCUUCACCAAGUUGCGAAACAAGGCGAAGUUUGGAAUCCCCGGCAACAGCAGGCCAGCGGCCCGAGUUUACUCCCGGCGAGAUGCGAAUGGCCUGCCAACGGGGACGCCACUCUCGUCUUCUCGAAAAGCAACCGGUAGUGACCGAGCGAGCGGGGCCUCAGGUACUGACAUAAAUCAUAGACUAGUUUAUAUAAAACGCAAUACAAACAGAAACAGAUACAGAACCACGACACACAGACAGUCCCAGCCGCAACUACGUCGAUCUACAGCAAUAUAGAUUUAGAUACUGAUAUCCAUGCUGUCAGUGAUUUUUACAGAACGGAAACGCAGUAUACAGGAUAAUACUGCAAGUGAAAAAUCAGUAUGUGCGCUGACUGGUGUUGCUGAGCUUAUGUAUCCGUCUGCGUGAAAGAUGCGCCCCACGCCAUCGCGUGCUGUCUAAGGACACAAAAAAAGAAUCGAAAUACUUAAAAUUUGGAAGACGAGGACCUGUUUUUGUGCAUUUUAUUUUUUUUUAGGGUCGUUCGAUAUGGAUAAAUGAAAUGGAAAACACACACGAUGAUAAGGUCCGAGUGAUCGGCUCGUCCUGAAAUCUUUUUGGAACCUCGGCGAUAAGUUCACCGGUCUUAGCACCAAGAAGCCGGAGAACGACGAAGGACUUCGGGCGAUGGUCGACAUCGUAAUCCGGGCACAAGCACAACUGGAAGGAACCGAGUCGACGCUUUCACAAGUUCCGGAAAUCGUCGAAAUGUGGUCCGGACCGAAGGGCACCGAGCAGGUUAUCAGAGCGCACAACUCGUCUUCCCCAAACUCUAACUCAUUUAAAGAGCAUGAGCGGCAACGCAGAAAAAGAAAUGUGGCUUUCGCAUGACACAUGAUCGGCACACGGAUAAUUGUAAGUGAGUAUGUUUGUCGUUCAGUUUCUUGAAGUUCCAAAAUCUGCCACGCUGUCACAGUCAGUGCUAUAAAGGAAAGAUGCGAGCUAGCGCUUAGUAAGUACUUACUUCGUAAAUGUUGAGGAAGGGGACUUGUGCACUUUCAUCCGGGUGUUGGGCGACCUGACGGCGAGGCGCGGUACGGAUGCUGUCCUGUACGGCUGGACUCUGGUCAUGCGUUACCCGAAAAGCUACUCUCCGGGCCUCGGCAGCUAUCUGCAACCAUUAAGCGCCGUGAAGCAGACCGCCACAACGACAAGAUACACCACGUCUCAUGGCAACUUGGCACGAACCAACGACAAGGGUAUUUUUGUUUACAAUUUUUCUUUUUCACAAAAAAGAACCACACUCGCCCUCGUCACUUCCUCAGGAGUAAAAGGUCUUGCUGAGACCCUCGCACUUCUUUGCUGUGUGUAAAUACGUAUUUAAUGCCGGCAGUGCCGCUAAAGUGGCACGGCAGUUGCAAAACAGUGAGCGGUAUAGUCAAAAACAUGAGUAGUAUGUAAGUACGCGCAACGGAAUAUUUAGGCUGAGUAUCUUCUGGUGGACAUCGCGCAUUCACUGCCGAGCCAUCCCGGAACUCACUUCAUUCAUACUAUAUAGCAAGUUCUUGAACCAGGAAAACAAAACCGCUAUCGUGCAAUUCUUGCAUUUGGAUUGACAUGAUUUGAUUGUUUUUUUUUCUUGACAUGAUUAAAAGCAGCACCUUGAAAACCGUGAUCAACACAGGAAUCCGUACGACGCAGGCGGGCUUCGCGUUCGUGGUGAGCGGCAUGGAGAAAUCAGCGAAAGAGGGGCAGGUCGCCGCUGAUGAAUUUGUGAUGGCGCGUUUUGAGAAACGAUUGUCGCAGUCGUUCUGGGAGAAUGUGCGGUUGUACGGGCGCGAGCCAACGCCCAAGGAGGCUGAUUUGAUCAAGAGCCAGCGGCUUCCGUUUCGCAUGUCCUUGAUUCGUCCGGUGACCAAGGAAAUCCUGCCGCCGCUGAUUCCCUCCUUGAGGAAAGGCAGCGACCGGUCGGUGAAGAACAUGUUUCCUUUCGCCGUGCCGGUGCUCGGGCUUCCGCGCCAGCGCUACCGCAAGCUGAAGGUGCUGACCCAGUCGCACAACACCCUGGAAUCCUUAGCCCCGGUCGUGGCGGAAGUGAGUGAACCGAAGACCACCGGGAGCGCCACGACCACCGUGGCUUCCGUCUUCAUCAAGUGGCAGCGUAACUGGGUCUCCUCCCACGAAACCGGCGGCGGGGGCGUGGAAGAUUUCAGUGAGCGCCUGUGGUUGCUGGGCCGCGAGCUCUCGGGCAUGUACGAAGCGGCCCAGCGCAAGCUCCGGGAACAGACAAAGGCCGCCGAGAAAGGGUACGUUGCCGGCGCCUCACCGUUGCAUACCGUAAACUUUCCCGAGAUCGAGGAGCUGCUCGUGCUCCCGGACCCGCGCCGCGCCAGCAUCAAAAAGAUCAUGGGCGAACAACGGGUAAAGCCGGACUGCUUCGCGCAGUGCACGGCGGGAUCCCUGCGUAAAAAUCGGCGCGGAGGAGGUUCUGAACGAUCGGCGCGCGACCUGGACGAUGACUCCGGUUGCGCUUCGGAAGACGAGCAGAUGCAGUGCUUCCAGGACACCGAGAUGUCCGUUUUGGGAGAUUACCUCGCGGGCUACACCGGACUGGUGAUGCGUCGGGUGCCGGGGUUCGACGGAUCGACUUUUUGGCGCGAGCUGCUGCACACCAAAUUCACUGACUUUUCCUCCACGUCGGUUGCCACCACCGACCUUGCCGUCGGACCCGGGAGCGAUUCGAGCGUCGGCGAUCUUCUGCUGUCGCAACCCACGCUGCACAAGGUGGAGCGCGUGAUUCUGGGGCACACGGUCAGUGUCCCCAAUCGGCAGCAUCUGCUGACCCCCGCGUGCUGCGACAAACGGGCAGUUGCUGCGGCUCCGCCGGUGGAUUGCAGGUACCACCCUUGCCGGGGCGCUACGUCCCUGUACAGUUUUCGCGACCACGUGCUACCGACGCUGGUGUGGCGGGGCGUGUUUGUUCCCGCGGGGCGGGCGAUGAUGACCAUGCAGUACCUGUUCUACGGACGCGGGCAGGAAAACGAAGCGACGCUGAUCCACCAGGACGAGCGCCCGGAAAAUCUCAUGCUCUGCCCGAAGCCGACCGACGCUGGCCUCAACUUGGUUGUUGAGCACUUUGACCUCCCGUCGAAUUGUCAGCCUAUGCAGAGUAAAAUAUGUCUAGGUCUGGAAUCACGCCAGAAACCUGUGUAGUAGUUGAUACGCAUUUUAUUCGAAUUUGCUUUCGAUAAACAUCCACGCACUGACUUCUUCUACUCCCUUGCUGCAAAUUAAUCUUUAGUCAUGCAUGCAGAGGAGCAAAAGAAAAAGUGUUGUAUACCAAGAAGAUCAGGUAUAUAUUUAUCAUGUGGGAGGACGAUAGGCAUCCAUUCGAUUCGUUCGAGGAGCUUGACCUCCUCAAAAGCUGUGAUGCCAUUGCUUGCAUCCCAGGGCCUGAUCUGGAUCACGCAACAAGUAACUUACUUCCUUGCUUGGCAAGGCGCAAAAAUCGCAUGACAAGCAAUAUCUGCUCCCAGUCCCAUCCAGACUUAGACAUAAAAUUUGCAGUGGAUACUCCCCGCUUCGUCGCUUAUUUGCGACCUCUUCGAGUCCUUCUCUGGCAUGAAGGUGUUUAACCUGCUUAACCUAACCACCGAUCCGAGUGGGCGCGAAGAUCUCAACAACUACCUGCCUGCCUUGGGUCUGGAGUUGCUGCAAGAAAAGAUUUUUCCGGACCAAGUGAUCCUGCCCAAAAAUGGGGGCACCGGCGCUGCCGCGGGCUCGGUUUCGGCGGAGGGCAUCACGUGCUUUGCAAGCGGGGACCAAAUCGCGAAGUACCUGUGGGCUGUGAGCGUUGCGAAAUUGAACGAGCGCUGGCAUCAACGGAAAAACCUAAAAGCCGAGGACAAAACCAUCCACGGGGCCUACACGUACUUGACGCGGGAACUGCCCAUCGAGGACUUUGUCCGGGUGGACCUGGCCGCAAUCGAUUUCGGCGAGACCAUGGCGGUCAACCGCGGUGGCAAGGCCUCGACCAAAGGGCGCGAACGGGUCGGAACCGCCAUGCACUUUGCCCUGCAGUACGCCUGCGGACCGAACGAGUACGUGGUGGGCGACUCCGGGCGCAAGCGGCAAUUGGCGCUGUGUCAGCAAUUGUACACCGGUAACCGGUGCGACUAUUUUUCUCCCAAAAUUGUACCGGCCCGGGCGGAAAUAGCGCACCUCCUCUACCUGCUCGUGGCGCCGUGGGCCAUGCAGCAGGACGUUUUUUGGUCCAGCGUGGAGGAGAAUGGCCAGUGUACCCUGUUCGGCCUGCAGCCUUUUGCUGCCUUCUCCUUCACCACAGCCUACGGGGACGAGAUCCACAUUGCUUCGCCCAAAAAGAAAAAUAGAAGAGAACCGGACAACGUCGGCACCUUGCAAACGGUCAGGCAAGUCUACACAGCCGCCCUUGAGUCAGCAACGGAAAAGGUUUCACCGCUCAUGUCGCAGAUGGACGAAACCAAGGACACUCUAGACGUAUGAAGUGCAAAUAUGUCUGGGUCGGGAAGGUUGCGAGACUUGUCCUGCAGGUUCUCCAUGAUGACCCAUAAGGUCUGGAAUGCGGGACCCAGCAUGACAGAUUCUGUGAGGUCUCUGUCAUGCCUGUCCGGUACGAGAAACCCCCUCUCGACCACUGACUUGGUCAAAAGCAGACAGCUUUUGGCAAUCAUGCAACACAGAUUUUUGCAUAAUUCAGCUUUAGCGCGACAAGUCUGGAUUGAUCCAGGCCCAGACGUAUUUGCGAUGCAUAAGACGGGUCGAUGAACAACAUCGGUAUUGGCUUCGGUGCGUAUGAUUUGCAAAUAUGUCUGGGUCUGGAAGGAUGCAGGUUGUGAUGCUGUCUUUGAGUUCGAAAAAAAUCUGUAUUGCAUGACCAGCAAGUGCUAUACUAGGAGGUCAUUUGUUUCUCAUGCGGGAUAGGCAUCAGGGAGCCCUCUAAAAAUCUGCCAUGCUAGGUCAUGCAUUACAGGCAUCACCAUCAGGGGACGUGAAAAAUAUGCAUGACAAACCUGGCUUUCUUCCAGACCCAAACACAUUUGCAUUUGAUACUUCGUGGAUUACUGCAAUGCUCACCAACGUCGCAGAGGCGAUUAGCCACCAUUUCCGUUCGAGCUCCAUGUUCACCAACAUGUCGUCGUGGCGGAGCAGCAGCGGCGACAGCACUACCAGUCGUGCGGCUUCUAAUCUUCUCGACGGCGCGCAAGCAGGACCAGGAGCAAUGGAUCGAAAUGUUAUCAAAUGUGAAAAUGUCUGGGUCUGGAAGAGUGCAUGUUUGUCAUGCUUGUCUGGCAUGACUCUCAAAUCUGUCAUGCACGUUACCCAAGAGCGCCACUUUUCUGUCAUGCAGAAACGCAGUUUGUCAUGCAGAAUAGGCAACACCUAGAAGCUCAGAAACUUGUCAUGCUGAGCCAGCACUUGUGAUCUCCUCAUGAUACGCCACGCAGCAUCUUCACAAGUUCCCAGACCCAGACAUUUUUGCAUUUGAUAAAUGUGAUAUGGGAACAAUUGUCAACGGCCGUCGUAUCCACUCCAAACGACAGUUCUCGCUUGGUCAGGGAGGUCGUUCUUGAAAAAAACGAAGUACAAUUUUCAAACUAUGCUUCGACCGUGUAGCUGCACCAGCUAGUACUUCGACAGUGGUGUCAUCAUUGAAAAGAGAAGAAGUGCAACGCAUGCCAAGAUGAAAAAUGUAAUUUUGCUCCUUCCGGGUGCUAAAAUUAAAUAGAAUACAACUAUGGUCGUGAAGCCUCGACAGCACACUUCCACGCCCUUAUCAUUGUUUAAAAAACCUUUGUGAAAGAACACAACGUUUCAACAUGACUACUGACCCUGAGGACUACAUACUUGCGUUCUUGCAUAAAUCGAGCAACGGGACAAAAUUGUCGAGGAAAACGCAGCGGCGAUCCGGCUGUGGACCGAGCAAAUUUGGGACGAGUCGCGAAAAGGAUUGGAUUGUAAAGUUCCCGGCCCCUUUAUGGGAGUGCCAGAAUCGAAAUUGACAAAAUGGAAAAAUUUGUGAUGCACAAAAUCGAUGUCAGUUGGCGCCUCAGGUUUCAAGUGUCGCAUGACAAAUUUCGGGAGCACCAAAAUCCAGUCUGUCAUGCUGUUUGGGGAAAGAAGACUGCUCCUGUCAUGCUACUCUCGCAGCGUAUUUUAUACCCCCAAACAGGCUUACAAUCGGCCUCUUAUUUUGCCUGUUCCCCAAUACAGGCCUUCCGUGCCCUAGAUUUUACGCAUCACAAAUUUUUUGAUUUUGCGAAUUUCGAUUCUGACACAUCCAUACCCUUGCCGAACGGCGGCGCCGAACUGGCAGGCGAAACCUGCUUGAGCACGCAGAUUCGCGGCCCACUGUACUACCUGAACACCUUCUUCUCAAAGGACUACGGGAAAAGCCUCACGGGUGUCGCUGAGACAAAUCAAAAGGAAUCCGGAAGAAGCACCCGGAGAACAAGCUUAUCGUCGCGGUGAUGGUAAAUCAAGACUGAAAUAACCGGGGAAGGAAUACAAAAAUCUAUGACUUGUAAUACAGCUAACAAGUUGUACAGAACAAAAAUGAAAAGCCUGCAGCUGCCUACAAGCCUGUCUCAGUAGUGUCUCAGUAGUGAGCCUAAGAUAUUACACGACCAACAAAAAUUAAUAUUAGCUUUCUUGCUUCUUGUUGUGCCUAUGGUAUGCUUGCUACAGAAACGGUCUCGAGUGACAAGCCGUGCGCUCCAACAUCUUCAGAAAACUAUAAACUCUUGUCUUUACUCCUAAAGUACUAGUUUCAAAAUUUAUCUAUCACGUUCUUCUUGCUACGCAACAGCACCUGCAUUUGAAAGAAAAUGGGUCUACUCUCUUCUACACGUUGUUCUCUUGAUCGUUGUUUCAGUACAUAGUUAUAAACUUUCGCUUCUGGUGUAUGUUUCGAUUUGACAAUAUACUUAAAAAUGCACACUGCCCUUGUAAGGAAUUAAUAUUAAAAUUAAGUGGGUAAUGAAAAAUGAGGGAUGCCAAAAAGCAUUUCAAAAACAUCGCGUGUACCCUUCGUAGUUCCUGGAGGUAUGUCCAAGUGCAACGCGUCAUUAAAAAUCACAAAAAGAAGUAUAAGCACGACUACCUGCAACUGUAUAUACGAUACUGCCGCCGACCUGUAUCCGUACCAGGCUCUUGUUUCGAGGAAAGUUGAUUGGGAUUAAUGGCCUACA